AUGGGUAAAGGCUACGAGAAUUACAUGUCCAAAAAAUGGUUUCAUCCGACCAAUAUUGGAAAUAUGAAACGUAUCUAUGUGGCAGAACAAAAAUCCGAUGCUGACAAGAAAAAACAACAAGAUUUACGUGAACAAUAUGAACGUGAACAAGAAUUAUUUAAUAAUAAACAAUUAAUGGGUGAUGAAAAAGCACGUCUCGGUCUUUCAUUUAUGUAUAAUCCACCAGCAGGCAUAGCCAAAGAUCAAGCCCAGCAAGAACAACAUCAAUCACAAGACAAUGAUGGAAGUUCAGGAGUGGAUAACGAUGAACCCAAAUUUGAAUGGCAACGAAAAUAUAAUGCGCCAAGAGAAAGUUGGGCAAAAAAUGAUGAAAAAAUUCGUGAUCAACCAUUUGGAAUCGAAGUUAGAAAUGUUCGUUGUAUUAAAUGUAAAAAAUGGGGACAUAUCAAUACGGACAAAAUUUGUCCACUCUAUGGUAAAUCUCGUUUGGACACUGAUUCAACAACUUCAUCGUUAAACCCAAAUCAAGCAGUAGUAGGUCGUGAAAUACAAUCGACAAAUGAUUUAAUUCAAAAUUUAAAAAAUGAUGGAUUAUUAAUGAAAAAAUGUGUGAUGAUGAAAGAAAAUGAGACAACGGAAGGUUUUGACGAUGAUAACGAUAAUGAGAGGAGAAGAGAGAAAUUAGAACAAGAAAAAAAUGAAUUAAAUUUUUUACAAAAUUUACCAAGUAAAAUGAAACAUCGAUUAUUAAAACGUUUAAAAAAAUUAGAACGAAAAGGUUUCUUUACGGAAAUCAAACAAGAAUGUUAG